AUGGAUAACGCGCUCGUUUCAGAAGCCAAUAACCUGGCCACCUCCCCGCACCCACCUUCCACCUACUCCAUCGAUUUGGGCGCUUUCGACCUCGACGAGGCUCUCGCCUCAUCAGCCGGUGAUUCAUGCCGCCGAUUUGCCCACUCUAAGAGCUUCGUUGCCACAUUGCCGGCCGUUCAGCACAUGGACGGCGAUGCUGUUUGCUCCGUUUGCAUGCAAGGCUUUGACCAGCGCAGCAACCUCGACUCCGACGAUGGAAACAAACAAAUACAAAUACCCUGCGGCCACGUGUACCACUCCGGCUGCAUCGCCGCCUGGAUCUCUCGCUCCAACUCCUGCCCCCUCUGCCGCUCUCAUAUCUUCCCUCCACUCUCAUCAAUUACCUACACAAUGUCUUGA